GGAAGGGGCGGAGCUACCCGGUGCAGUUUUCAAAUGCGACCGAGAAGGGCGAAGCUUUGGGUGUGAACAUCUCUGCUAGCAAGCCUUUAACCUGGAUCCCCAGCUGAACAUCCAUCAAGGAUGACGAUGAGUGAAGGAGAAUACGUCUUUUGCAAGUGGAAAAAGCGGCUGUGGCCAGCACAGAUCUUGUCUAGAAGCCAGAGUUCCAGAGGGCGUCUGCUUCCUGAGAAGCUCGGUUCCAUUCGGCUCAAAAUUAUUGCUGAAGAUAAACAGGUCACCAUGCGUAUUGCCCAUAUUGUGCCUCUGACAAUAAAAAGCAUUGAAGAUAUUGCAGAAAAAUUGGCUCCAAGCAAUGAAGCCCAGAAGGUGGUAGAAGAGUUAACUUAUCGCCGAGCCUUGCGAGAAUUGCUGGAGAUCAUGAAGGAACAGGCAACCCCUAAAAGUCCUGACCCGUUUAGGCGAAGGAGUGAAGAGGCGUCAACCGGGAAAGGACAGCAAGAACAAUCCUCCGCGCCCCAGGAGCCCCUUUCUCCCCGAAGAAGCCCCCGUGGGACAAAGAGGAUGGAGGCAGGCAGGACCCUUUCAGAUCCUCCAGCCACAACACUGAGACCUUUGGAGUCGAGAACCAAUAACCUGCCUACCUGCAAACCUCCCUCAUCUACAUCGGGAGGCCUUCCAGGUGUCAGGAAGCCAGCCUGGGAGACUGGCAGAGUUUCAAAAGCCCCAAAGCCAAACAUCUCACGUAGUCUUGCAGCACCACCCCAACUCACCCAGAGGUCUCCCCUGGCCUCCAAGGAGCUUCGGCAACUUGGUGGUCCAUCUGGAAGGAAGGCGCUUACAAACCGGCCGGUGAGAACCAGUACCCCGGACUCUACUUUUCGCAAGCGCUGCCCCAGGUUCCCGUCAGCAAAGCGACGAGGCAAGGCGGCCUCCAAACUGCGGAGGAAUUUGCUGGGACCCGCCCUCAAAGGGUUUUCAUCCCAACCAGCAGGUGCUCCCCCGGCCAAGCGAGAGGCACGGAAACGGAAGAAAUGGCAGGAGCCCUCCAGGGGCAGCAGGUGCUCCCCGCGCUUGGAAGCCGCUUGUUCAAAGCAAAUCCUGGCCACUCAGGAACCCUCCCUGGAAAGGUCACAAUGCGUGAGUGUGGGACAGCCCACAGAGCCCAGAGAACCACCUCUGGACUGUGCUCCUUGGGAGCUGGAAAGAGACCUUGACCCAUGUAGAGCUGCAGUUCGAGGAGGCUGGCUUCCAGAUUUUGAGGAUAACGAAGCAGAUCAGGCAUCUGAUCUUUCACUGCAGCUGAGUCCCAUAAGGAAAGUGAGUCCAAGCCCAGAGCCAAAGGAUGAAGAAGAGGAAGAGGAGGAGGAGGAAUUACCCAGCAUUUUCUUGCAUAAAGAGCCUUCUUGUUUUGAAGCCGGGAUGAUGGUUUGGUGCAAGCUCCCAAGAUAUCCCUACUGGCCAGCUGUGGUGAAAAAGGUACAUCGGAAAGCUAAGAAAGCCAAUGUCGUCCUUAUAGAGAAAUGCAUGGAUGCCACGAAAACUAAGGGGUUCUCUACUUCCCUCAGAAACCUAAAGCACUUUGAUUGCAAAGAGAAACAGACGCUAAAAGAGAAAGCCAGGGAGAACUAUAACCACGAACUCAACUGGUGCAUCAAUCUGAUUGCAGAUUACAGAAUUAGAGUAGGUUGCCAUUCUUUUGUGGGAUCCUUCUUGGAAUACUGUGCUGAUGACAUGAGCUCUCCGGUCCGAAAUGAAUCCUUCCAUACUUUAUCCCAGAUGAGCUUCUCUCAAAUGGAGGAGUUGGACAGCGGGGAGCUUCUCACUGAGAUAACCCCCCCAAAGCAAGUGAAGAAAAUUCUUCCUGACCGGACACGAGCCGCCCGAGACAGAGCCAACAAACGGAUCGUGGAGUUCAUCGUAAACGCCAAAGGAGCUGACGAGCACCUCCGCUCCAUCCUGAAGAGCCAGAAACAGUCGCGCUGGCUGAGGAAAUCCCUCAAAACACCCCGGUAUUUGAUCCUGGAGACCUACCUGGAAGACGAUGAUCAGCAGGACCUUGUGCUCAACUACUUAAAGGAAGUUUAUCGGGAAGUUGGAGCCAAGAAGCUGCCGGUUAAAAAUAGAGACAGUGCCAAAUUUGUCCUCGAAGUACUUUUUCCAGAAGCCAUCAUUUAUGCAAUUUCUGCUGUGCAUCAGAUAGACUACAAGACAGCAGAAGAAAAAUACAUCAACGGACCUCCAGUGAGCAAAAGGUAUCGGCUCAGACCUCCAUCCCAUAUAUAAGUCUGCCUACCUCACACAAUAAGUCUGCUUUACCUCACAUAACCUCUUGUGUGCCUGUCGCAUUAUGCAGUGGAAGCCUUUUUUCCCCCCCAGCUAUCCCUCACCUGGUACUUCUAGACAUGUUGGGAUUACAGUAUGAAGAUGGUUGCUAGGAAUUCUGGAAUUAUGUCUGUGUGUUUGUGUUUAUGAAUCUUCCUUCCCUCCCCUUCCCUCCCUCAUCAAAUAUCUUUUUCCUUCCCUCCCUCCUUCCUUCCUUCCUUCCUUCCUAUUCUCAGGUUUGCCAUUGCCUGCUCUUAGAUCUGACAUUGGUCCAAAGCUCCCCAACUGCCUUUGUGCCUAAGGCAGAAUGAGAACUCAUGGCUUCUGGGUUUCUAGCCUGCUGCCUUAACCACUACAUCAAACUGCCUUUCUUAAACAUAUAUAUAUAUAUAUAAUAUAUUUCACCCUUGUCAGUAGAUUCUGCACAGUUUGCACAUGUGAAGUGGAAUGAAACAUUGUCCUCCUCUCACAAGUCACAAAAAAAUGCCAGUCAAACCCGGCCUUCCUGCUAAGAUUUCAAAAGCAAAAACUGGUCCAACCAGUUAACAAAGGUAGAAAAGCCAAUAGCAAGGUAGAAAAGGUCUUUGAGACCAAAGGAUGCUACAGCUCCUACCAAAAGGAGUGCCUUCAAGCCAGUACAGUACAGGUAGUCCUUGACUUACAACAGUUCAUUUAAUGACCGUGAACAGUUACACCACCACUGAAAAAAGUGAAUUACGGCCAUUUUUCAUACAUAACGACCAUUGUGGCAGCCCCAUAGUCCUGUGAUCAAAAUUCAGACGCUUAGCAACUGGUUCAUAUUUAUGACGAUAGCAGUGUCCCCGGGGUCAUGUGAUCCCGUUUUGCGACCUGCUGACCAGCAAAGUCAAUGGGGAAGCCGGGAAGCCAGGUUUACUCCACAACCAUGUUGCUAACUUCACAAGUGCAGUGAUUCACUUAACAACCGUGGCAAGAAAAUUUGUAAAAUGGGGCGAAACUCAAUAAAUCGCGUAGCAAUUUUGGGCUCAGUUGUGGUCGUAAGUCGAGAACCAACUGUAAGUCCUCAAUUAAUGACAAUAGCUGAAUCAGGAAUUUUGUUGCUAAAUAAUGCCAUUCAGAAGCACAAUGGAAGUUCUGGUUGCUGUCAUUUGGUGAAUCAUGCAUGGUGCUACCCAGUGGUGAAAUCCAAAUUAUUUUACUACCGGUUCUGUCGGCGUGGCUUGAUGGGCGUGGUGUGGCUUGGUGGGUGUGGCAGGGGAAGGAUAUUGCAAAAUCUCCAUUCCCACCCCACUCUGGGGCCAGCCAGAGGUGGUAUUUGCCGGUUCUCUGAACUACUCAAAAUUUCCGCUACCGGUUUUCUAGAACCUGCUGGAUUUCACCCAUGAUGCUACUGUGUUUCCCCAAAAAUAAGUCCCACCCUGAAAAUAAGCCUUAUCAUGAUUUUUUGGGGUGGGCCUAAUAUAAGCACGACCCCAAAAAUAAGCCCGGGGGAAUGGGCAUGGCCAGCACAAGAGGUGGUACGCACACAGAGCCUGACAGUGUCGGCAGGAGCCUCAGCCCACCAGCCCCUUGGCGCAGCACAGAUAAGUAGAGGCAGGGUGGGAGACAGGCAGUCCAGAUGUGCUGCACAGAUGCCAGGCUUGCAGGAAGCUUGUGCGGUGGCACCGGCAUCAGACAGAGGCAGGGGCAUGGGGGGGGGGAUGGACACAGGUGAUUUUGAUUUCCUGCGUGGGUCCCUUCCCCGGCAAAGCUGUAGACAAGCCGAGAGACAGUGGGACGGAGUAGGCGGUGCGUUGGGAUCGCCCGCCUCCACCCCCCCACCUCUGCCUAUGCAAUUUUCACCCAGAGAGAGACAAAAGUUUCAUCCGCUUGCAAAUGGGGCACUUUGAAACGGAUCGCUCUGUUUGCAAGCAGACAAAAGCUUCCAAUAUUUUGUCAUUUCUCCAUCCGAGCGAAAAAGGCAUGUGCCCUGACAAGCCAUGUAAUCCAUUGCAGCCAUAGGCAAGCAGAUAGAGGGAGAGAGUGGGCGGGCAAACGGGCACAAAAUUAAGACAUCCCCAAAAAUAAGACCUAACGGGUCUUUUGGUCCAUAAAUAUAUAUAUAUAUAAGACAUGCCUUAUUUUCAGGGAAACCCGGUAGGUGUUUCACGCAAUUGCCAUUUGCAACUUCCUGUCAAGUUUCCCCGUUGGAUUUACCGUAUAUAC